AUAUAAAAGAGUUCAACUUCUUCACUUCCCAGUUCCCACAGAGUCUUAAUACAUAAACGGAAACCGUUUAAGUCCUUAACUCGCAAUUCAUUUAUUUAUUUGGCAUAUUUCAGGGUCAAAUAGGUAGUGUUACAUAAAUCGUGAUACAUAUUCAAAACUAGUUCAGGAUAAGUGAAUAGUCCUCGCUAACUUCAACAAUAACAGAUACAACAGAUACAACAGCAAUCAGAACUUUUCCAUAGAAUUCAAUUUAUAAACUCUAUUAAUAAUGGAUAAUAAUUAUAAUAAUCUAAACUUUAAUGAUGAAGGUGAUUUACGAUCGUCAACAACUGAUUCUUAUUCAAAUGUUAAUUGCAGUGCUCCUUGCAAUUACAAUAAUAAUAAUGACUGUCCCAUAAUGAAUACCAAUACAUCUGGUAGCGUUACUACAUCUUCGCAAUCUUACUCUACUACAUCAUCAGAUCCCCCGCAUCCCUUACCACAAUAUACUCAACAAAUUCAACAAACUCAACAACCCGUUUAUCAACAAAAUCUUGAAAAUAACAUUCAACAAUACACUACUCAGCCUAUUACCCAGAACGUACCGCAAAAUAAUUACAAUACUUCUCAAACUAAUCAUUUUGAAGUCUUUACGUUUGAAAUUCCCGGGAUCAAAAUUAUCGUUAUACUCACCUCCCCUCCAAUGAUUAAUUCCUCUCAAACGAAUCAGUCUGAAAUCUUUACAUUUGAUAUUCCCGGAUCCAAAGUUAUCAUUAUCCCACUUUCUUUUCAAUGAUUAAUUCCUUUAAAUGAAUCUUUCUGGAAUCUUUAACUUAUUCAUUUGAUUUGAACUCUCUUACUCUCAAAAUAUAUUAUACGCAUUGUUAUUUUCAUAGUUUUAUUCUUUAUUAUUCUUUUAAUUUCAUUGUUUUAUUAUCUCCUAUUUGUAAAAUUAUAUCUAAAUUUCAAAUAAAGUAUUUGUAAAAUCACAUUUAAUAUUAAUAAGAUACCCGUCAAAGUGUCAAAUACUAUUACACGUUUGAUUGAACUAUUCACCAUUCAUUUUGAUUGUUUUUUAUGUAAAACAUGUAAAACAUACAAUUCCAUAUCACUUUGCUUUUCAAAAAUCAAAUCUAAAUUAGGCAACUAAGAUUUCAUAAUGUUACACAAAAAUUCGCGCCACGAUUUUAGUUUAAAAAAGGCCUAUAAUAAAAUAAAAUAAAAUAACAUCUAUUUUA